AUGUUUUUCCUUUCUACCCGGUUUUUGCUGAAGAGGUUUUGAAGCUUGCUGCAAGUGUGCAAGUUUUCUCAAAACAGCUGAAAGAUGAUGAUAAGCUUAUACUGCUCCUCGAAAUGAACAAGCUUGCUCUUCUAUGCCACCAGCUCCAGACAGUAACUAAGACACCUUUGCAGAAUCAAGUGUUUCUAAAGGUUGAUCAGAGUAUUACAAAGACAAGAGGCAUAAUGGCUAUUUUCAUCCAACUUCUCUCAUUUUGCUAUGAACUGCUGAAGAAGAGUAAAGCAGAAACCAAUUGUCUUAAUUCUUUCCAGCUUCAAGUGGAAAACCACCGAUGGAUCUCAGUUACAAAUAAAGAUUCUGUGGAUGGUAAAACUUGAGAAGCUCUUGCAGUCAGAUCUCUGCAACACCAUGUGGCAAAGCUGACAUUUUUAGAAAGCAAAGGAUCCUGUAUAUUUCAGAACUACAACAAUUUUGGAAAGAAAACAAACUGAAAUCUUGCUUUAUUUUCUGAUCAUGAAACGGAUUGUGAAGCUUUCUGACAACUAUAAAUGCCAUGGUAGUUGCUCUAUUUCUAAUUGCAGUGUGAUUUUAAAUGGGACAUUGCCAUGAAUAGUGUUCGUUAAAAGGCAAACCAAAUAUCCUUACUGCCUUCAUGACAAUUUGAUCCAAAGAA